UAAAGCCAAAUAACAGAGAAACCCUAAACCAUUCUUCAGAAAUAUCCUUAAUCGUUCUCUCUUAGUUUCAUCGUUUUUCUUUGUAUGUAUUGCUUAUCGAUUUUUGCUUGUAGUUGUUAUUGCCUGUCCAAAUUCCAGGUGAUGAAAAUUGGAUUUAAAACUCACGACGGUCAUCAGAGACUUUGUGUCGUUGUUGAUUCGAAAUCUAUUUUUUCUGAUGGUGUUUCUCUCUAUUAGCCGAUUUAGUUUUCAGUUUGUUUUAUUUUUUGAUUUCAUUAUUGAAUCACUUAUGAAUCGAGAUUGAGGCGUGGUGAUGAAAAAAGUUAAAUUCUUUCCGACUAAAUAUAUGAAUGGAUCAAAUAACCUCCUACUCAUUCUGAACACUGUAUAUCUCGAUCAUUAAGAUUCGUUUCUUUUUAUUGUUUUUCGAGUUGCGAUUCUAUGAAAAAUUUAGGAGUUAGGGUUAUAUUAAUUUUUAGUUUUUGAUCAAUGAUUUACGAUUUCGACACGAUGAGGAGAUUAAUUAAUGUUGAAUCAGAUCGACAGAUCUUUGAAACUUUACUUUCAAUAAGUCCUUUUCAUUCUGAGUGUCAAUAUUUCGAAAGUAAAUCCUUUUUCCCCCCUCUGGUUUCUAGUAUGUAAUUCUUUUUCAUAAAUUUAAUUGUUUGGACAAAAUAAUCUGAUUUUUGAUUGUGGCAUCUGCAUUGAGAAAUAAUGUCACUAAAAAAACAUAGGCAACAAUUGAGAAUCCAAAACAAAGUAUUGUUGUUUCUCCUUUGUGGCUGAAUUUACCAUCUUUGUUUAGUAUCGUAGCGAAUGAUUACCACUUAACUAAUGCUUUGAGUUUGUUCAAUGAAGUCCCAGGAAAUUUAAGUCAGAGGUUAAGGGGUUAAGUUUAUGAUUUUGACACAAAUCUUAUUUUCAAGCAUAAAGUCCUUUUGCAAUAAUUAAGAUUACGAGUUGUAUGCAACUGAAUUAUACUAUUUUCAAAAUUCUCUCUUAAGUCAAUUUUGAAUGCAUUGGUGUAGUUUAGUGAAAUAGUUGAGCUUCAACAAUAAUUAGAAGAACUUUUCCGAUUCUACGAAUGCGGUGCUAAAUUUUAUUUUUCUGAAGUAGAAUUAUUUUAUUUAGAUGAUAUAAGGUUAUUUUUCUGAAGUAGAAUUAUUUUAUUUAGAUGAUAUAAGGUUUACUCCCACGAGGAUAUGAAACUUAUUUCUAAUUAGGAUUAAAUUUAUAUUUUAAUCACAAAUUAUACAAUUCUUUAUACAAUUCUUUUAUUUUUGUUAUGUCUUAAUUCCUGGCCAGUGGUCAGUCGGGUCUCUUGAUCAGAUAUUUUCAGUUUUGACAAUCAAAGUAUUUGAAACUGAGAUCUGGUUAUAUCCAUUAAAAAUUUGAAAGCUAUCACCAGCAACCGGGGUAAAAAUUUGAAAGCUAUCACCAGCAACCGGAGAAUUCAAACACACAGAUAGACUUAUAUCUGAAGUUAAGUUGCACACUUCAAACUUUGUUUGUAGUAUAUAUAUUUGAAAGCUAUCACCAGCAAAAUCACCAAUGCCUGUGGGUAAGGAAUAAUUAUUGUAACUCCUAUGGUUAUAUCGGCUCUGUCAUGAGGAAUAUAGAUUUGUCUUCCUUACCGUGUUUACGAUUCUGUUUUAUAGCAUAGCGCCAUUGUGUAACGAAAGAACAACAUUACAAAACUAGUAACAUGCGGAAAAUGUAAUGAGGAAAAUCCAAGAAAUAUAAAUUUGUUUGGAAAAAAAAAACUUCCCAGACUUUUUUUAUCUGAAGGACAAAUGAAAAAACAGCAAGAGAAGAAACAUAUAAAAGAUCAACAUAUUAAUACUAAUCCUAUCAUAUUAGUAGUUUAAAGCUACUAAUGGGACAUGUAAACAUAGAGCUCUACGUCAAAUCUUUGUAUUCUAUCAGAUGGUUCUCAGAUUCCUAAGAUUCUCAGUUGACAGGGUUUAAACUCUGUUGCCAAAAAACCCCAUAUCAAACUCCCAUCUUCCACAAAAAAAUUUUCCCCAAACUUUCAAACUGUAAUGGCUUCUGAUACCCAAGGUACAAGUAAUGAAAAGAAGAUUCUAGUGGUCGAUGAUGAUAAUGGACAAAAAUCAACCAAUCAUGUUCAACGAGGACAGUGGCUUCGAGCUGCAAUUCUUGGUGCAAAUGAUGGAUUACUGUCCACCACUUCACUCAUGCUCGGAAUUGGUGCGGUAAAGGAGGAUCGAUUGUCCGUAAUUCUCUCUGGACUUGCUGGUGCUGUUGCAGGAGCUUGCAGUAUGGCUGUUGGGGAAUUUGUAUCUGUUUCAACUCAAAGAGAUAUUGAAGAAAUGGGUAGAACUCUGAAUUUUCAAACUAAGUUAUCAAAUCAGGAUCAAGAAUCACAUGAGAAUGUUAGUCGUACUAAUUUGGAUGUUUCACCUAAUAUAAUUCUUGGUGGAAGAAAGAGUGUAAUCACUGGACUCAAUGAAAUGGCUGCACUUUCACCAUUGACUUUGACAUAUGGGAGGAGCUUACAAUCUUUCUCACCAGGAAAAUCUCUGUUGACUAGGGUAAUUUCAGAGGAUGGCAUUGUAAAAUUGAAGAAAAAUGAUGAGAUCAUUGUGGCACUACCACAUCCAGCACUAGCUGCCUCAGCAUCAGCUUUGGCUUUCUUAUUUGGUUCAUUUUUUCCACUGGCAACAGCUUUGCUAAUUAAGGAGGCCAAAGCGAGAACUAUUUUGAUUCCUAUUGUUACAUCAAUAGCUCUAGCACUAUUUGGGGGGAUAGGGGCUCGUCUUGGUGGGUCGUCAGUCAGCAUUUCUGCUUUCAGAGUUGUUCUUGGAGGGUGGAUAGCCAUGGGUAUAAGUUAUGGAAUACUAAAACCUUUCCAUGUUGAAGAUCAAGAAACAGAUUCAACUUAGCACUGCUAUGGGCAAGAGUGCUGGAUUCAAUCAUGCUUGUGUUCUAGAUCAUACUAUAGGGAAUGAAAAACUUUGAUCUUACCUCACAAAGUUUAUAGUCCUUGCUUAGGACAACCUCUGUUUCUGCAAAAAGUGAUAGAAAACUUUUGCAGAAACGGAGGGAGAAUACAUUUAGUGUCGGAACUGAACCGUCAUCUUAUCAUGUACUAUAAGUAUCGUCCUAGCGUUUAACCAGCAUUAUGUAAUCUGCUACUUUCGAACUAGUUCUAAAUUUACACCUUGGUUAUGAUAAUGUUCUUAGUGUGUACAAGUAUUAGGGGAAGUUAUUUUUUAUGAUCUGCCAAUAUUAGGAGCCUCUUGUAGAGAUUAUCAGACAAAAAUGUAUUCCCUAAACAAGAAGAAAGUAACUAUUGUUUCUUCCGAUUACAUUAUACUUCUCGAAAGGAAGAAGCACACUCGAAGAAGCCAGAGCAAGAUCAAGUCUCCCAAACUAAGCUGAAGAAGCAGAGGCAAUAGCUACAUUGGAAGCAGCAAAGUGGGCAGUGGACAAUGGCAACAACAACAGAAUACAAUGGCAAUGUAUAACUGUGCUUCAUGAAGCUAAGACAAUGCCAUAACUAAUUACAGUUUUUUGGCCCUUAAGUUUACUCCGAGAGAAGCAAGACAACAGACUCCUUAGCUAAGGAAACAAAAACUUAUAAUAGAAAUGAAACCUGGAGCUCUAACUCUUCCUAUUGUAUUAGACUAAACCUUUUAGUAGAUAGAUCCAACAUUAGGCUAAAUGUGUCCAACUAUCCAGUAUAAGAUUACUCUACUAAUCUUUUCCUAUCAAACCUUUCUGGCCAGUUUGGCUACUCUUUUGAUAUAUUUGUCAUUCAUAUAAAAAACUUAUAAUAGAAAUGAAACCUGGAGCUCUAACUCUUCCUAUUGUAUUAGACUAAACCUUUUAGUAGAUAGAUCCAACAUUAGGCUAAAUGUGUCCAACUAUCCAGUAUAAGAUUACUCUACUAAUCUUUUCCUAUAAAAAACUGCACAAUUGUUUGGAAUUAGAUCCAAACUUAGUCGGCACCCACCAUGGCAGCAGUACUAGUUUUAAAGGUGUCAUUGGUGUUGUUCUAUGCCGGAAGUGAAGCAAGUGUCAACAAUAUAAUUAGACUGAAAGGAAUAACAUGCCUACAGGAGUGACUAAUGAGCUCAGUUUUCUAUUUUGAAACCAACCCAAAUCACAGAUACUAACAACACAAGUUCAGAACUCCUAUAAUGUAAAAGGGAAAGAACUACUCCCUCCGUACCUAUUAUAUAGGCAGAAUUUUGAUUUUUCUUUGUACCAUAGGCGGAGUCCUAUUUUCAAGAUGAAUUUUCUCACAAAUACCCUUAUUUGUUGUACAUAAAAGAUUGUGUUAGUAAUAAGACAA